AUGAGCCGCCACUUCUUGUCCUACUUCAGUGAACCUACCUUCGAUGUGAAAAUUGCCUUUUGUCAGGGAUUUAAUAAACAAGUGGAUGUGUCAUAUAUUGCCAAGCAUUACAACAUGAGCAAAAGCAAAGUAGACAACCAGUUCUACAGUGUAGAAGUGGGAGAUUCAACGUUCACAGUUCUCAAACGCUACCAGAAUCUAAAGCCUAUCGGUUCUGGGGCUCAGGGAAUCGUUUGUGCUGCAUAUGACGCUGUUCUUGACAGAAAUGUGGCCAUUAAGAAGCUCAGCAGACCAUUUCAGAACCAAACACAUGCCAAACGGGCUUACAGGGAGCUGGUCCUCAUGAAGUGUGUGAAUCAUAAAAAUAUUAUCAGUUUAUUAAAUGUCUUCACACCACAGAAAUCACUAGAAGAGUUCCAAGAUGUUUACCUUGUGAUGGAAUUGAUGGAUGCAAACUUGUGCCAGGUCAUUCAAAUGGAAUUGGACCAUGAACGCAUGUCUUACCUCCUGUACCAAAUGUUAUGUGGCAUCAAGCACCUUCACUCUGCUGGGAUCAUCCACAGGGAUUUAAAGCCCAGUAACAUUGUGGUAAAGUCUGACUGCACAUUGAAAAUUCUAGACUUUGGACUGGCCAGGACAGCAGGCACAAGCUUCAUGAUGACUCCAUAUGUGGUGACACGUUAUUACAGAGCACCAGAAGUCAUCCUGGGAAUGGGCUACAAAGAGAAUGUGGAUAUAUGGUCUGUAGGAUGCAUUAUGGGAGAAAUGGUUCGCCACAAAAUCCUCUUUCCAGGAAGGGAUUAUAUUGACCAGUGGAACAAAGUAAUUGAGCAACUAGGAACACCAUGUCCAGAAUUCAUGAAAAAAUUGCAACCCACAGUAAGAAACUAUGUGGAGAAUCGGCCUAAGUAUGCGGGCCUUACUUUCCCCAAGCUCUUUCCGGAUUCCCUCUUCCCUGCUGACUCCGAGCACAAUAAACUUAAAGCCAGCCAAGCCAGAGAUCUUUUGUCAAAGAUGCUAGUCAUUGAUCCGGCCAAAAGGAUAUCAGUGGAUGAUGCCUUACAGCAUCCAUACAUCAAUGUCUGGUAUGAUCCUGCAGAAGUGGAGGCGCCUCCUCCACAGAUAUAUGAUAAACAGCUGGAUGAAAGAGAACAUACCAUUGAAGAAUGGAAAGAACUGAUCUAUAAGGAAGUAAUGAAUUCUGAAGAAAAGACUAAAAAUGGAGUAGUAAAAGGACAACCUUCUCCUUCAGGUGCAGCAGUGAACAGCAGUGAGAGCCUCCCUCCAUCCUCUUCUGUCAACGACAUCUCCUCCAUGUCCACUGACCAGACCCUGGCAUCUGACACUGACAGUAGCUUGGAGACCUCAGCAGGACCACUUGGUUGUUGCAGGUGA